AGGAGUAGCCUGAAUGGAUAUUUUGCUGCAGUCCCGCGAUAAGGGGAGGGUAUAUCCGUUCUCACCGCCCUUUUUGACCAUAUAUGGUCUGUCUGGCGGUUUGACGUGCGGCUACAUCCACCCGGCGAAAAGUGAACACGAGACAUCGGUGCGCUCCGGAGACCGGUAAUACAUUAUCUAGCCUUUCACAACCAUGCCAUCCGACUUAGCCAAAAAGAAGGCAGCGAAGAAGAAGGAGGCUGCCAAAGCCCGCCAGCGUACCAAGAAAACUGAUGAGAACGAGGAGGGUGAACAACCAGAGACUCAGAUUAAUGGAGCAGAGAGCAAUGGUGUUGCCUAUUUGACAAAAGAGCUGGAUGAAUUUGAACUGGCUAAGACGGAGGCACGGGCAGUGACGGGCGUUCUGGCCUCACACCCCAACAGCACCGAUGUCCACAUUAGCAGCCUGUCGCUUACCUUCCAUGGUCAAGAGCUGCUAGCAGACACUAGCCUGGAGCUCAACUCAGGCAGACGCUAUGGUCUUAUUGGCCUUAAUGGCACAGGAAAAUCUAUGCUGUUGUCAGCCAUCGGGCAUCGUGAGAUUCCCAUUCCAGAGCACAUAGAUAUUUACCACUUAACCCGGGAGAUGGCCCCCAGCGAAAAGACGGCUCUGCAGUGUGUCAUGGAGGUGGAUGAACAGAGGAUUAUGCUGGAGAAGGAGGCAGAGAGACUUGCGCAUGAGGACUCUGAGUGUGAGAAGCUGAUGGAGCUGUAUGAGCGUCUGGAGGAGCUGGAUGCAGACAAGGCAGAGGUGCGAGCCUCUCGGAUCCUCCACGGUUUGGGUUUCACCGCUGCUAUGCAGCAGAAGAAACUGAAGGACUUUAGUGGUGGAUGGAGGAUGCGUGUUGCUCUGGCCAGAGCCCUGUUCAUCAAACCCUUCAUGCUGUUGCUGGAUGAGCCCACUAACCACUUGGAUCUGGAUGCUUGUGUGUGGUUGGAGGAGGAGCUCAGUUCGUUCAAGCGAAUCCUUGUGCUCAUCUCACACUCUCAAGACUUCCUGAAUGGUGUGUGCACCAACAUCAUCCACCUGCAUCAGAGAAAACUGAAAUACUACACGGGUAACUAUGACCAGUAUGUGAAGACCAGAGAGGAGUUGGAAGAGAACCAGAUGAAGCGCUUCAACUGGGAACAGGACCAGAUAACACACAUGAAGAACUACAUUGCCAGGUUUGGUCACGGUUCUGCAAAGCUGGCACGACAGGCACAGAGCAAAGAGAAAACGCUGCAGAAGAUGGUGGCCUCAGGCUUGACUGAAAAAGUUGUGAAUGACAAGACUCUGUCAUUUUGUUUUCCUCCCUGUGGGAAGAUUCCUCCUCCUGUUAUCAUGGUUCAGAAUGUGAGCUUCAAGUACAGUGACAACACACCGCACAUAUAUAGAAACCUGGAGUUUGGUAUUGACUUGGAUACACGAGUGGCUCUAGUGGGGCCCAAUGGAGCAGGAAAGUCCACACUGCUGAAGCUGCUGAUGGGAGAGCUCCUUCCCACUGAUGGCAUGAUCCGCAAACAUUCUCACGUCAAGAUUGGCAGAUAUCACCAGCAUCUGACAGAGCAGCUGGAACUGGACCUGUCUCCUUUGGAGUACAUGCUGAAGUGUUUCCCUGAUAUCAAAGAAAAAGAGGAGAUGAGGAAGAUCAUUGGUCGCUACGGGCUGACGGGAAAACAGCAGGUCAGUCCGAUCAGGAACUUGUCAGAUGGUCAAAAGUGCCGAGUGUGUUUUGCCUGGCUCGCCUCACAGAACCCUCACAUGCUGUUCCUUGACGAGCCCACCAAUCACCUGGAUAUCGAGACUAUUGAUGCAUUGGGGGACGCCAUCAACGAGUUUGACGGUGGCAUGAUGCUAGUUAGCCACGACUUCAGGCUAAUUCAACAGGUAUAUAUAUUUAAUAUUUGAUGGUUGUAGCUAGCACCAUUUUGUAAUCUAUAUAAUUUCUUUUUCACCAGGUGGCUCAGGAAAUCUGGGUGUGUGAGAAUCAAACCAUCACAAAGUGGAAGAGGGACAUCCUGGCAUACAAGGAGCACUUGAAAUCAAAGAUCGAGAAGCAAACGCAUGACAUCUAAAAAACUAAGCCACUCCUUUAUCUUGCAUUAUGGAUUUGACCUGCACGCUCCUGAGGGGAUGAGCAGAGUUUACAUUGAAGGAAAUGUCAUAACUAGAACUGAAACAAUCUCUUAUGCAUCUUAAUGGACACGUCUCGUACAUGUUGUACUGUAUUUCCAUCUUGGUUUGAAAGAGCUGCACCUGACCCUAUCUCUUCCCCUUUCCCUUCCCCUCACCUCAGACUGCACUCUGAUUGGCUGAUUCACGAACCAUCUCAGUGCAUUUUGGAACGCAUUCCAUUGUGCUGUCUUCAUAGAAAACUUUAAUUUUUCCGAAUGUUCUGUUUUAUCCCAACAUGUAUUCAGCAGCUUUUAGGUCAUUUUAUGAUAUUUAAAAGUUGAUUUAUUAUUUUUUUUUGUCUGUAAAAGAGCAGUUCUGGCUUAUAAUGUAAAUGCAAUAAAGGUUUGUCUGAAUAAACAGAACAUAAAAACAGUA